UGAAGCAGGAAGUCAUGUGACCUGAAGCGCAGUAACAACAAAGAUGGCGGCGGCGGUGAUGAGAGGAUUCUGUUCUCUGAUGAUUCUGGUUUUUACUUCGAGUCAAAGUUUGUUCGAGCGACAGUUGUUAGUAACGAUGAACCCCGGCCUGAAAUCGCCGCCUCCUGGUGGCGACCUACUGAGUGUGAGAGCUUUGGGAGACAACGAUACACUGCACUACCUGUUCUGCAGCCAGGGGGCGCCAACGCUGCUGCUCAUCCACACCAACUCUUCUUCUUCUACUGUCCAGGUGGAUUGGCCUCAGUUUUUGGCUCGUAACACCAGCGGCAGCCUGAGGGUGGAGCCGGAGCGCAGCAUCCUGUACAGCACUGCUGUCGUCUUCAGCAGGUUGCUGGAGUACGAUGACGUUAAUGACACGGCCGAUUCGACCUCUGACCUUUUCCCACCGUACGAGCUGCAGAACUUCACCUGGUCUCGUCUCAACCUGACGGAUGCGACCGCCCGGCUCUGCGGCGCCGUCACAAACGUCUCCAGUGGGGCGCUCUGCCUGCAGUUGUCAGUAUUUGGCUCUGAUGGGCGUGGUCAGCCAUGGCCCCGCCUCAUACACACAGCUGACUCCUCCCAGUUGGAGGUGUGGCUUGACGGUGUUUCGCCGCGAGCAGCUCGUUCCAGGUUCCUAUUGGAGCUGCAGGCGGUGGGCGGGGCUUAUCCUCUGAGCAGGGUGGAGGUUCAUCGAUCGAUCGACGACGAGUAUACGCCGUCAAUAUUCAAGGCGUCUCAUUGGGUUUCGUCGGCGAACGGCAGCUCUGAUGUCGAGAGUUUUGUGCAGUGGAAGCCGGUGGCAUACCGUCGGUCUGAUCCCGCUCUGGAGGACGCCACGCCAUGCAGCCAUUCCGACCCCCGGCCACAGAGCGCCGAGACUGUGGCGGCAGCGUCUGCUCUGAUCCGAGCAUUUUACUCAGAACCGGAAACGUUCGGGCUCAACGUGAGCUUCGGCCUCGCUGGAGAACCGUUCUACAACAGCACCAAGUUCCUCAGCUGGACCGUGUUGGUGGGCGUCGGCUCGCCUCCUGUCGACUCGUUCUCGACGAUGGUUGUCGUCAUCAUGGCGGUUGGUCUGGGAACUCCUGUGAUCCUCUUGUUGCUGGGCGGACUCUGGGUCUGUGUGCGUAAGAAGGCUGCAGAUUCAACGACAGCUUAUGAGCCAAUCAACUGAGGACCGGGCCGCAGCCAAUGAGAUCACAGAGACUAUUUUUUUUAGACAUCACUCUACUGAAGACCCGCCUGACCGUCCAGACAGCCAAUCAGAACCCAGGUUUUUAAUAAAUUAAUUUA